ACAAACUGCAACGAACAAAACACCAGUCGGAGUUGAGAUUGGCAAAGGCAGAUAGCUAUCUCUAGAUAUGGAGGCUGCUUUCAUCUCCUUGCUGAUCAACAAGCUCGCCCAAGUCGCAUUCAACCAAGCGCAGAGCAGAUGCUCUCAGAUACUGCUGCAGCACACAACUCCACCGUUAGAUCAGAUUCACGCGAGAGUGAGACGAAUCACCGACGAGUUCAUAGUGAUGAAGGCUUUCCUCGAAGGUUCUAAUUGGUUCACUAUUGCUGCUACUAACAAACCACUCGAGGCUUGGAUCGAACAGGUGAGGAAGGUCGCCUUCGAGAUAGAAGACAUCAUCGAUGAAUACCUUUAUCUGGUUGGAAGACAACGGGAAAGGACAUGGAAGAAUUGUCUCAUGGCACCAUCAGACCUUUGUUUCAAUCUUGCUAAGGCUUGGCGUGGUAUUGAUUCUCGGUUAGAAAAGAUGGAGAAAGAUCUUUCUGAACUUUCAAGCAGGAGAGAUCGAUUUGGUAUAACAAUAAGUGGCAAUGAGGAUGGAGUGAAGAAUUCAGAAAGAGACACCCAUCAUUAUCGGGCUUAUUCACCCAUGUUAAAUGAUGAAGAUGAUUUAGUGGGGAUAGAAGUGAACAAAUCUAAGUUGCUUUCGUGGUUGACUAAUGCUGAUACUUGCAGGAAGAUGACAGCAAUUGCGGUGUGGGGAAUGGGUGGCCAUGGGAAAACUACACUCGUUGCAAAUGUCUAUCGCAAUAAUACCGUGAAGAGUCACUUUGAUUGUCAGGUAUGGGUUACAGUCUCACAAACUUAUAGUGUACUGGAAGAACUCCUAAGAAUAAUGAUCAAGGAAAUCUUCAAGGGAAAAGAGGAUCUUGUCCCAAAUGGUAUCACUACCAUGCAACGAUUAGAGUUAUUUGACAUCAUCAAAGAAAGUUUGCAACUAAAGAGAUAUAUAAUUGUGUUAGAUGAUGUUUGGCAUGUAGACUUGUGUAAUCAUAUUAGUCGUGCUUUUAUUGAUAGCAACAAUGGAAGUAGACUAAUUAUUACCACUAGAAUGCAUGAAGUAGCAAGGAUAGCAAGUGAUGAACAUAUCAUGAAGCUGCAACAACUUAAUGAGAAAGAUGCAUGGACUUUGUUUUGCAAGAAGGCAUUUCGAAGAGAGAACAAUAAAGAUUGUCCAAAAGAGCUUGAGGAUUACAUCGGUAGGAUUUUGAACAAAUGUCAAGGCUCACCAUUAGCUAUUGUAGCAAUUGGCAGUUUAUUAUCAUUCAAGGAAAAGAGUCAAACUGAAUGGAAGAAAGUCUAUGAUAACCUUCAAUGGGAGUUUGAAAACAACCCUGCGCUAGAUAAAGUGAAGAGUAUUCUCAACCUGAGCUUCAAUGAUUUGCCUUACUAUUUAAAGAAUUGUUUUGUAUAUUGUAGCAUCUUCCCUGAAGAUUAUCUAAUAAACCGGAAGAAACUAAUCCGAUUGUGGGUAGCUGAAGGAUUUGUGGAGGCAAAGAGCAAAAACAGAUCAAUGGAAGAGGAGGCUGAAGGCUAUCUUGCUGAACUUGUGGAUCGGUCCAUGCUUCAGGUGGUUAACAGAAAUGCAUUUGGGAGACUUCAGACUUUCAAAUUGCAUGACGUUGUAAGAGAGGUAACACUAGCAAUUGUGAGUAUAAUCCAGACAUGUUAUUUAGCUACGUAUUUUUUCUUUCUUUACAUUAGCAGUGAUAAACUUUCCUACAUCCCAGUAAAGGAGAACGGCGGAGUGUCAUUUCCCUAUCCGAUGCUAAGUCCUCACAAUUAUACUGUGUGGGCAAUAAAGACAGAGGCGAUCCUUGAUGCCCAGGGAGUCUGGGAGGCGGUGGAGCCAGCGGAAGGAGCCCAGGUGGAUGCAAAGAAGGACAAAAAGGCACGCGCAUACAUCUUGCAGUGUGUCCCCGAAGACAUCCUUCUCCAAAUUGCAACAAAGAAGACGGCGAAAGAUGUCUGGGACAGCCUGAAGACGAGAUAUCUUGGUAGUGAUCGGGUGAAGAAGGCACGUGUACAAACGUUGAAGAGCGAGUUUGACGCCCUCCGGAUGAAAGAGACCGAGACGAUUGAUGAGUUUGCUGGCAAACUCAGCGCCCUAAGCAGCAAAUUCUCCACCCUUGGAGCCACACUUGAAGAUUCCUCGUUGGUAAAAAAAUUGCUCGAUUCUGUCCCUGAUAAAUUCUUCCCUAUUGUUGCCGGCAUUGAGCAGUUCUACGACCUUGAGUCUAUACCAUUUGAGGAGGCUAUAGGGCGACUGAAGGCGUACGAAGAACGAACGCUACGACUAUGCAGCAACACCAACGGCACUGAAGGUGAGCUCCUAUUAACUCAUGCCGAAUGGCAAAUGCGACAGAAGGGGAGCAACGUGGACACUUCGUCAGGAGGAAAGGGGCGUGGAUCCAGCAGCCCUAGUCGUGGCAAAUGGCGCAGUCGUGGCCGUGGUACGCCGAGCCAAGAUAGUGCAGGAGGCACUAGCGGCAACAACAGUGGCACUCGUGGCAAGAGACACAUAAAAUGCUUCAAUUGUGAGAAAAUGGGGCAUUAUGCGUCUGAAUGCUACAGCAAGCGUCGUGGAGAUGAGGCUCACCUCACUUGCGCCACGGAUGAAGAGCCAGCACUAAUGAUGACCAUGUUCCACGAAGAAUCUCAGCGGCAGGAUACCAUUCUGCUCAGUAAAGAGAUGUUGCUACCGGAGGUGUACCGGGGCGUCAAGAAAGGUGAAGACAAAGACGUUUGGUACCUUGACAAUGGUGCCAGCAACCACAUGACUGGUCAUCAAGCUGAGAAUGAAGUGCAUAUGAAAGGAGAUACCAUGAAGGUGAUUGAUAGGAACGGGAAGCUCUUGAUGCUGAUAAAGAGAACACAAAAUCGCUUGUACAAGAUAACCUUGAAGAUAUUCAAGCAAGCGUGUCUCCUAGCAAGACAAGAAGACCCAACCUGGCUAGGACACAUGCAAGGCCGCGAACCGGUAGUGCGCGGGGCACUGUCCAUGUGCAAGUCUGCAAGAGGCAGACUUGGCAUACAUCCAAGUCGGGCAUGCGCACAAGGCAUGCUAAGCAGAGCGGCAGUGCAGGGCUGCCCAAGCCCAAGUCUUACAGGAGGAAGACUUGGCAAACCAACAAGUAUGGCAUGGGCGCAAGCUAUACCAAGCAGAGGAUUGGCAAUGCGCUGGGCACGUUCCAAGCCCAAGUUUGCAGGAGGCAGACUUGGCAGCAAAGCGGGUGUGGCAGGUAUGCAACAUAUGCCAAGCAGCAAAGGCGGACAGAUGGACUUGUCCGUUGUGCGAGCAGAUGGACUUGCUCGUGUUGCCGAAGGAGCAGACAGACGAGACUUGUUUGUGGCAACGAAUGUGCGGGCAGACGGACUUGCCCGUGUCACAAAGAGAACGAACAGACGAGACUUGUUCGUGGUGCCGAAGAGAUCGAGCCAUGGGCCGAGCACUUGGUGUGCAAGCAGACUUUGGCGCAGAGCCAAAGAAACAGAGCCAUGGAUAACGCAGACAGAUGGACUUGUUCGUGGUACGGACAAAUGGACUGCCCGUGGUGCCAAAGAUGGACAUAUUGUGGUUGAGUUCGUUAAUACCGGAGAACAACGAGCCGAUGUAAUAACUAAAGCAUUGUCAGAAGUGAAGCCGCCAUGCGACAACUACUCGGCUUUCUAUUUUGUCCUAUUCUUCUUGUUUUGUUCUUGGGUGUUGUGUGCUAUCGUAUCCUAUUCUAGGCCAACAGCAAUAUCUAGAAAGGCAAAAUUUAGCAUGAUUCUUGAUGGUUCACAAUCAGGUUUGGACUUUCAAACUCGCCGCCUUUCCAUCCAAACAAAUGAUGAAUCCCUUGAUUUAGAUAGGAGCCUGAGCCUUUCACAACUUCGCUCUUUGGUUAUGUUAUCAACUUGCUAUUCUAGUUCAGAUCCCCUAAGAGCAGUCUUAACUAGUUUAAAAAUGUUGAGGGUGUUGGAGCUGGAAGGAACUCCAAUCUCCAACUUACCAAAUGAAAUUUCAGCCUUGUUUAACCUUCACUAUUUGGGUUUGAGGGGUACAAAAGUGGAAAAACUUCCCAACAAUAUCCAAAAGCUCCAGAGUUUGGAAACACUUGACCUCCGUGGUUCCAAUAUAGUGAAGCUCCCACGUGGUGUGACACAAUUGAAGCAACUUCGUCACCUAUUUAUGUUUGCACGUGAAAUUGAAUUUGGGGGAUCAACUGUAGUUGGAUGUGUUCCAACUCUCAAAGGGGCACGGCAGUGGAAGAACCUACAAACCCUCAGACAAGUUAAAUCAAACAAGAGCCUUGUACAACAAUUGGAAGACAUGAAAGAGCUCCGAACAUUGGCAGUUGUAUCGGUGGAAUAUGCCCAUUGUCCUCAGCUUUGCACCUCAUUGACUAAGCUGACUAAACUUCAUAGUUUAUGCUUGUCUGCAAGGAGUGAAGAACAGCUCAACUUUGAAAUAUUAAUUUCUCCACCUCCUCCACUUCAGAAGUUGACAUUGUCGGGUAGAUUAUUUGAAGGGAAAAUGCCUAAAUUUAUUUGCUCUUGUGAAGAACUUACAUAUGUGCAACUGAUGUCGUCACAUUUAAUCGAAGAUCCACUUCCUUCACUCGGACAAUUGCAUAAACUAGUGGAGUUAACAUUGUGGGAAGAUUCAUAUGACGGACAAAAACUGCACUUUAGAACAGGUUGGUUCCUUAAUCUUAAGGUACUUUACUUGGAGACUUUGAGGAACUUAAAUAACAUUGUGAUAGAGGAAGGUGCCAUGCCAAAUUUACUUAAGCUAAUAAUGAGUAGUCUUGGAGAAUUAAGAAUGAUCCCUCCUGGUAUCGAGUUUCUCACCAAUCUCCAAAGUCUCGAACUCUGUGACCUGCCUGAGGAGCUAGUGGAAAAAUUAAGAAAUGACGAUGACAACGAAAUCCUACAAAGAAUUAGAGGUACUCGAAAUGUUGUUGUUGAUUCAAUAAGCAAUUAAAAUAUGUUUUUUAUAUUUGUUUAUGUAUAAAAUAGCCCUAAAGGGAAUCAGCCAGAAUUUGAAAGAAAAUAUUUACAGAGUCUUGUACUAUGUAUAUAUUUUGUAAUAUUAUAAAGUCAAUAAUUGAAUUA